AGGGGUGGCCACUGUGCCUGGCCAAGGUCCCUCCUUUUGCAAGAUGAAUCUGAGGUGAAGUGACCUGUCGUGGAUGCGGGAAGGUCACCAAGACCAGAGCCCAGGGCUCACUGAGUCCCCCCUGUGUCAGCCAGGGAAUGCCAUGAGGGGAGGGCCCCAGGGUUCUGCUGCCACCGCACACACCCUCGGGGCUCUGUACACGGGGGCUGCACCCUCCAUCCGGCUCAUUUCCUGCCAGGUGAAAUGUGCGAGUGGCUCCCCUGGACAGCGGCCCUGUCCUGAUGAUGCCCUGGGGAACGGACACACUGUUACUCAGCAACUUCCAACAAUAGUGACAUUUCAUCUGCUCCACUGCAGAGCAGCCACGCUCAGUGGCCAGGAAAGGACUGGUGGGUGCUCUGUGCCAAGUUCCCCGGGGGCCUGCCCCGAGCAGUAUAAAGGGCGGGGAGUGAGGAAGCAGCACAGCCACUCCAGCCCAGAGAGCCCGCGCCCAGCAGCCGCGAGCACAGACCCCGGCAUGAAGACCCUGCUCCUGACCCUGGGCCUCAGCCUCCUCGCUGCCCUGCGGGCCCAGACGCUCCCAGUCGGGGAUGAGGAGACCCAGGAUGCGUCAGGCACGUGGUACCUGAAGGCCACAGCAGCAGACAAGGAGAUUCCCUGGAAGAAGCUGGAGUCUGUGUCUGUGACCCCCAUGACCAUCAAGACCCUGGCAGGGGGCCACCUGGAAGUCACCUUCACCGUCCUGAUCGGAGGCCAGUGUCGCGAGAUCAGCACUGUGCUAGAGAAGACCGCCGAGCCGGGCAGAUACACAGCCCAUGGGGGCAAGCAUGUGGUGCAGGUCCUUAAGUCCCAGGACGAGGACCACUACAUCCUCUACUGUGAGGGGGACAUGCACGGGCAGCAGAUCCGAAUGGCAAAGCUUGUGGGCAGGUACCCUGAAGUCAACGUAGAUGCCCUGCAGGAGUUUGAGCAGGUCGCAGCAGCCAGAGGCCUCAACGCAGACAGCAUCUUCAUCCCCAAGCAAAGGGAAGCCUGCUCUCCAGAGAGUGAUUAGGGGCAGGGACACCAUGCUCUGCAGCAUCCCCGGGUGGCACCAGCAGGACCUCUGGCCUGGGGGACAUGGAGGGUGGCCCACCUGGGCCCAGCUGGCUCCCCCCACUGCCCUUCCCCCUCAUCCACCCCACCUUCCUGAUUCUCCAUAAAGAGCUUCAGCAGUC